AUGCCUAACUGUAACUUUAGCUUUAAAACUAAGGCUAAAAGAUUUCAAGCUAGCCAAGGCCAAGUACAUUAUAAACAAAAACAUCCUAAUAUAAUUAUUAAAGAAGAAGAAGAAGGAGAUCCUUCUAAAAUAUCUAAAUAUUUUAAUCUAAUAGUCCUAAGUUAUACUAUAACUUCUAUAGACUCUAAGAGCUACCUAGGCGUUAUAGGCUUUGAGGCUCUAGAUAGUGCACAUACUGGUGUAUAUCUUAGUAAAGUAUUUAAGUCUAAUAUUAUAGAAGGUUAUAAUAUUCCUUUUAGUAGAGUUAUAAGAGAAAUUAAAGAAUUAAAUACUACAGAAAAAGAAAAAGUCUUAAAGGCAAAUACUAAAAGGGAGUUAAAUUACCAUAAAGAACAGCAAAAGCCUAUAGUAGGAGACUUAAAGGUAAAAGUAAAAGAAGAUCUUAAAGAAGAAUAUAAUAAGAAACAAAGUAAAUUCUUUAGAGUGGUGGAAGAAUAA